AUGGAGGUCCAGGAUGAAAUACGAAGGAGACGACGAAAAAUGAGGAGAAAAAGGAAAAAGCCAAAAAGAAAAGAAUUAAAAAAGCUAAAAAAACGUUUGGAGACAGCUGAUACACAGCUAAAGCAAGCGUUGAAAGAGUAUCUAGCUGGGCAGACAGAAACAUAUGCGACUACGGUUGAUGAACCCGAAGCGGCGGAAGUCCCCUCAUCAUCUGGCACCUCGGCCCAACAAACUUCUGCCUCAGCAUCUGCACCGAAAACUCCAGUUGGUGCACCAGGUCCAGCGAAAGUACCAGCAUAUGUAUCGUCUUCAGGAAAGAGUAGCCCCUCUCAAGGCCUAACACUAGCACCGGAGAAAGAAAGCUCCGAGAAACCUGCUGUUAUCCCCGCAGCUGUGAAAGAUGAGACAUAUGAACAGGUCGGCGGAGAAGCUGUUGUCGAACCACCUCUUCCAAUAUCGCCUCGAUUUUGUACCAACUGGGCCCAAAUAAUGUCAUUCUAUGUUUCAUGCAGUAGAUUAUCAAUUGUUUUGCUACUUUGA